AUGGGGACGACUUCUAGUCAUGGUAUUGGGGAUGACGAAUUUUUGUUGGUUGUAUAGGAUGCUAAAAGAGUUCUACACAGUUUGACUCCCGAUUUCGUUCAUGUUAUCGAAAGUUUGCUGUCCCUCAACUGGAAGAAAAGAAGUUUCGAAAUAAUCGAAGCUUACACCGAAUUUUAUAUAGAUAUAAUGGUUACCUACAAUAGAUAUUUACCUAUAGGAAUAUCUAAAUUAAUUGUACAAUGGAUUCCUGACGAUUUGGAUGAUUCCGACUGGGUGAAUGGAUGUCCUUCGGAACGUACGAGACUUGUAUUGAAACCCAUUCAUGAAGUACUGAAUCGCAUUUUAGCAGCAGUUCCAAUGGCAUUUGAUUUAGUCAUUGAUACCAUAUCCGCUAAGUUUCCGUAUUUUAAAAAACCAGCCCAUGUGACCGCUGGUUAUCUGUUUAACGUGCUCUGUAUAAUCGAGUACAAGCCGAUAUUUGAGGAACUCAUUUUAAAGCUGGUUCUGCAAAAACUUGUAGUAUUAGAUGUUAACGCUCCACGAGACGAAAUUGGCUUAGAGAUAGAUGACGAGAACGACAAAAUGAACGCAGAUCCCUUGUUUCAAAUAGAAGAUAUAUCCGCCAACACCUUGGCUGGGACUGAAAGAACUCUUAAGCAUCCUGUCGGCAAAACCUUGGAUAUAAGCCUCCUCAUGCUGUAUAGGUUUUUUGAAGGCAAAUGUCGCAUUCACCAAGAUAGUCACGACCAACAGCGCUGGACUGCAAAUCGUUUAUUUAAAAUGUUACUUCAUAUAUUCGACGAAGUUCUGUUACCCAGCCACAACACCCAUCAUGUGCAAUUCGUCUUAUUUUAUGUAACUAAUAUUCGGUUGGCGUAUUCGGAUGCUUUUCUGGAUUUGCUUUGGAAUAAGGUUCAAAAUCCCAAUAUAUCGGUCAUUAUUCGCCAUGCUGCGGUAGGAUACAUGGCUAGCUUUUUAUCUCGCGCCAGAUUUUUGCCACUUAGGAAAGGGAAUUUAAUUCUAAUAUUCUAUUUAAAAGAGUUGAGCAAGUGGGCUCAAACCUACAUAGGCGACUCGGGUGAAUAUAACCAGACUUGCUCUUUGAAGGCUCACUUGGUUUUUUACUCUAUCUGCCAAGCCGUGUUCUACUUGAUUGCGUUUCGUGCCAGAGAUUUGACUGCUAGUUCUAAAGGUAUGCUACAAAAUUAUUUAUCAUAA